CAAUAAGUAUUUACAAACCGCACAUCAUCAAAUGUGUAUUAUCACUCUAGCUAUAUGUAAGCAUGUAUUUUUUUCAAUCGUAUUUAAGAUUAGACUUGAGAGUUUCGGAACAAUGUUAUUGUCGGAAAGGAUUACUAAUAGUUCGAAUGUGGACAUCGUGCGAAGUACAUCAUUUAAAACGCUUUCUUUAUAAGUAAUGUUCAUAGUGUUGAAAAAAGAGAAUCAGUAUUUUUUUAUCUAUUGUACAAUUAUUUUUGACAAUCGAUUUAAACAAAAUAACAAUAAAUAGUAUAACAAAUAAGGGAAUUCCGAAAUGAAUUUAUCGUUUGCUGGUUGUGGUUUCCUUGGUAUUUAUCAUGUUGGUGUGGCAGUGUGUUUUAAGAAAUACGCUCCACACUUACUUUUGGAUAAGAUUAGUGGUGCAUCGGUUGGUGCUAUCGCUGCUUGUUGUCUUCUUUGUGAUUUACCCCUCGGAGAGAUCACAAGUAAUGUAUUACGCGUUGCACGUGAAGCACGUCAACGAACUCUUGGUCCAUUUAGUCCAUCAUUUAAUGUACAAGAAAUAUUGUUAGAAAGUUUACAAAAGUUUCUUCCUAAUGAUGCUCAUAUUCGUGUGAGUGGUAAACUUCAUGUUUCCUUAACAAGAGUAUAUGAUGGAAAAAAUGUAAUUGUUUCACAAUUCUCAUCUAGAGAAGACUUAUUACAAGCAUUAUUGGCCAGUGCAUUUGUUCCCAUUUUUUCUGGUCUUUUACCACCAAGAUUUCAUGGUAUUAGAUACAUGGAUGGUGGUUUUAGUGAUAAUCUUCCAACACUUGAUGAAAAUACUAUUACUAUUAGUCCUUUUUGUGGAGAAAGUGAUAUUUGUCCUAGAGAUGUUUCUUCUCAACUUUUUCAUGUCAAUGUUGCAAAUACAAGUAUAGAACUUUCAAGACAAAAUAUAUAUAGGUUUGCAAGAAUACUUUUUCCACCAAAUACAGAGAUACUUUCAAAUAUGUGCAAACAGGGAUUUGAUGAUGCAUUAAGAUUUCUUCAUCGAAAUAAUUUACUUAAUUGUACUCGAUGUUUAGCAGUACAAUCCACAUUUGUUGUUUCAGAAACUCUUGAUGAUAAUAUGGAUUAUGAUCCUGAAUGUUUAGAAUGUAAAAUGCAUAGACAGGAAGCAUUAGUAUCUAAUUUACCUGAAACAGUUAUGACUAUAUUUCAAGAUGCAAUUGAUUCAGCUAAUAAAGGUUUAAUUAAUUGGUUAUUUAAACAUCGAAGUGUAAAACUUUUGUCGUUACUUAGUUUACCAUGUACAUUGCCAGCAGAUGUUGUGUAUGCAACUUUUACAAAUCUGAUUGGUAACAAGAUAGAAAGUCAUACCUUGGAAUACAAUAUAAUUGGCAAUAUUCUUCAUACACCUCCACAGAUGAUUUCUUGUGCUAAACAUAUGACACCUUCUCGAUUUAUUUUGAAUGUACCUAAAUUACAAAGAAAUCUAUUAGAAUUAAAAAAAUUUUUCUUAAAUCAAUUAAAUAUGUUAUUUCCUAAAAUCAAUGUUUAUUACCAACAAAUGCCACAGACUAUUAAAUGUCAAUUAGCUAUCACAGAAUAUGGUUCAAAUAUAUAUGAUAUGGAAGCAGCAGAAAAAACUGAUAAUUUAUAUAAAAAUAAAAAAAAUUUAAAUUUAACAUUACAAUAUAAUGAAUUACAACCAUGGAAAGAUCAUAUUAAUACAUCAAAUUGUGUUAUAAAUAUGUCUAAUCUCUCAACUGAUGAUACAUUUGAAAAUAUUCUUCAGGUAACUUCUGAUCAAGAAGCUGUAAUGGCAUAUUAUUAUAUGGAUGAUAACAACAAAGUACAAGUCACAGAGAUAUUUGAUGUUACGGAUUCUGAAUCACAUGCAAUGUUAUCCAUAGAAGAAGUUGAAAAUAAUACAAAAUUACAAUUUGAUGAAUGGGAUGAACCUACUUGGUUAUCUCAACAUACAUUUAAUGAUGAAUUAUUUUUUAGUUGCAACAGAAUCUGAUGCAAAUCAGCAAAGUGUUGAAAAUUUAUCAGAAAUGUCUCUAGAAGAUGAUAUUUUGGGUAUUUUAAAUACAUCUUCUGAUCCAGAGAGUGAAUGGGAAAUAAGUAAAGAGUUACAAACAAUAAAAAUUUCCAAAUCAUUAAAUACUCGACUAGAAGUAGAUUAACCAUUAUUAAAAAUUAAAAGUAAAAAAAUUUUUUUUUAUUUAAAGUAAGAUAUGUGAGUAUAUGUACAUAACAAUAUAUUGUUGUUAUAUUAUUUAUAGUCAAUUAUAUGUAUAGUCAAUAUACUUUUAUAGCCAAUGAUAUUGGUGCUAUUAUAGAAAAAGUUAAUAUUAAUGUUCAAAAUUGAUAAUUUUUUAUAAUAUUUAAACAUUUAUCUAGAACAAUUAAAACUUUUAUAAAACGAAAGUUGCAAGUUUAUAGUUUAGCAACUUUAUAGUUUAUAAUCUAUGUGUGUUAUGCACUAUAAAUAAAAGAUAUAGUGUAAACCACAUAUUAAAAUGUGAUAUAAAUGUAUAUAAAGGAAGCAUCUUUAACAAAUUAACGAAACAUAUACAAUAGUUUAUUAUUAAUACAUUUUAGUAAAAUAUAUUUAACAUUGUUAUUAAAUACACUUGCACUUUAAAUAGGAUAGAUGUUCAAAGAAGAGACUGAUAAUAAUGGAAAUAUACAUAAAAGACAUUUGUUUUAUUGAAUAUUAAAUUAUUUUUAUUACUCUGUAUGAAAAUUAAGUAAGUUAUUUUUUUAUUUUUUUUUUUUUGAUUUAAUUCUAUUGUAUUUUCCAUAAAAAAUUAUUAAAAUUUUUAUAUAUAUUUUUCACUAAAAACUAAGGCAUUAUCAAAUUAAUUAUGCAAUUAUUAAUUAUAAAUAUUUUUUAUUUAAAUAUUUAAUAAAUAUUUAAAUAAAUUAUGAAAUUAAUUAUUUAAAUUAAACUAAGAAAAAAAAUUUCUAAUUGCAUACAGCUGGAACUGAAUGCUGACUAAUAUACAAAGUUUUUAUGAUAUUUGUUAUUAAGAAUAAUUAAUUAAAAAAUAAAAAAUAAAGUUUUUUUAUCAAAAAUACUACUAAACUGUAACUAAAUGCUAUUAUAUAAUUAUAUAAUAAGCAAUUUUAGCAAUAAUUAUUAAAAGCACAAUUUAUAUAUUUAAUUAUACAUGUUAUAAUUAAUAUAAAGAUUUAUAAAAAAAAUUGCUUAUAAAGGUUGCAGAUUAAAUGUGUAUAUAUAUAAUAUAAUUAAUAUACAGUAAAUAUUGAAUAAAUGCAAAAAACAUAUAUUUUAUUUUCAAUGUGAUGUGAGCUUCAAAAUUCAUUUUUAAAUUUUGUCGAAUAUAAAAAAAUGUAAGAAAAUAAAAAAGAAAAAUAAUCGACAAUCAAGAAUUGAAAAAAACAAAUUCCUAAGAUAAUAUUAAUCUAAUUAAUAACAACAAUUGAAAUCCUAUUAUGAAACCUCUUCAUAUUUAAUAUUUUUAUUUAAUUUCUUAUUAUAUAUUUAUUGAGUUUUAUUGAUAAAUAAAAUAAGACUAAACAUAUAAUAAUUUAAUAUAAUUUGCAUGAUAUUUUUUUUAAAUAUAUUUAAUAUAUUUAAAUAAUAGUUUUUUUUAAUUUUUUUAAAUUAUGAAAUAUUUGAAUUAUAUCAUCAUAUCAUAUUUUGAUAAAAAUUUAACUUAAAAAAGAAAUUAUCAUUGUAGUAAUAUUGUUAUUAAUAUUCAAUUUAGGACCAGAUAUAUGUUUCAUCUUUCCUAAUGAAUCAAAAGAAUAUAUCCUUUGAUGGAAAAAUUUACAUUUAUAACAUAAAUUAAUUUUUAUAAAAAGUUAUACAAUAUUUACUGUAUUAAUUUAGAAUAGGAAAAAAUAUAAAAUUAUGUUAUAUAUUUCUAAUUUUUAUAUACUCAGAAACUAAUACUUAUUAUUUAUCAUUUUUAAUUUGAUAGACACAUUUUUUUAAAAAGAAAUAUAUAUGUAUAUCAAAAAAAUUUUUUAUUUAAAAUAAAUAGUAAGAAUAUAAAAAAAGGGUCGAGGUCAAUAAAAAAUGGAAUAUUUAUUAUAUUUUUUAAUAUAAAACAAAUCAUAUUUGUAUGUAUAAGUUAUAUGUACAAUAAUUGAAACCGCCUUCAAAGUAAUAUUUUGAGGCAAAAUUCCGUUUUUUUUCUUCCUUUUUUCUAUAUUUUUUAUUUUUUUUUUUUUUUUUGUAGAAAUAAUUUAUUGCACAUGCGCACAAGUAUAUAAUAUGUUGAUUUUUAUAAAAUAUGUCUUUGCUGAUAAACAUUGAUCUUUCAUGAAUAAAAAUUUUAUAAUUUACAAUUAUAAUUGCAUGCAUAAUUAAAAUUUUUAAAUGUCAUAUUAACUUAAUAUACAAAUACCUCGUUAUUCUUUAUAGGCAGGCUCCAAUUAUUUAAAUAUAAUGAAAUAUUAAUUAUUUGAACAUGUUCAGGCUGGGUCUUCCCCAGGAGCAGAUGUAGAAUUUCUUUGAGGCUCAAUUUGAGUUCUGUUUUGUGAAUUGCUGGUUGCAACUGCCACUUUAUGUUGUGUAGUUAAACACUGUAAUUGUUGAAGCUGUACAGGUUUGACAAGAGUUCUCUGUAACUAUAUAAUAUAUAACAUUUAAUUUGUUUUGUAACUUCAAUUAUAAUAAGUUUGAAAUAUAUUUAUAUAUAUAUAUUUUUUUAUAACAUAUUAUUUUUUUUUAAUAAUAAUAAUUUAUAUUAAUAAUGUAAAAAUAUAUACUUGUUGUUGUGAUAAUGUCGUUACUCCAAGAUUUUGAGUUUGCUGACUGCACUGCCCUGUAGAAGCUCUAGCAUGCAAGGAUUUCGUCAAUAAUGUUUGUUUAUUUGCAGGUACUACUUGAGAAGAAGGUGUUGUUUGAGAUGCCAUAAGCACUGGUUUUGUAGCUGCUACAAAAGACAAUACUAUUUUUAUUUUUUUAUUUAUUAAAAAUAAAUUUAAUUUAAUUUCCUAAAAUAUAAAAAGUUUAUAAAAUAUUUAAAAAUAAUAAAUUUAUUUUUCAUAUUAAA